CUAAAGCCACGCGAGAUGCUCCGACUGACUCUAAUGGGCAUGUCAGAUUCAGGCGGGAAGACUGAGAGUAAAUAAAAUUCGAUGAUGGUGCGCACAAAGGCAGACGGUGGAUCAAGUGCUGCAGGAAGGAAAGUUGUAGCAGCAAGUGCCCCAAGAAAAGCACUAGGUGGAAGUUCAUCUUCUAGUGACCCCUCAAGUGGAAAGACAGGAAAGUAUGCAGGAGGUAAUCCUGUCUGUCCACGUCCAACUCCUGAUUGGCAGAAAGGAAUUAAUUCAUUUUUCCAGUCCCCCCAGAAAGGAAAAGAAAACCAAACACCAAGUGACAUGGAAUCUAGCAAGAGCAGCAGCCAGAGUAGUUCUUCAAAUCCAGUUCUUGAGAUACAAGGUGUGACAGAUGGACAGACAGACAGACGGACGCCGGAUAAAGUGAUCCCUAAGUGCUGCUCUGCUCUGCAGGUGACACAAAAAGUUGCAUCAAGUUUUUUUUAGCUCACCUGAUCUGAAAGUGCAUUUGCUCCGUGGAACUCCGUGCUGGUUAAUCAACGUUAAGUAGUUUGAAAUGACUUUAAAAAUAAUUCAUUGAAGAUUUUAGAAUAAAAAUCAUUGAAUUGCAUAUCAUCUGCAGUGUGCAUUUUCCUACUUUCGAUAUUGUACUGAUGUGUCAAUAAAUUUAACAGAGAUGGGAUUACCAGUCA